AUGGCUACCCCCAAUGUCCUUACCUUAGAUGCUGAGGGUCGUGUUGUUCACUUCGAGGUCUGGGUCCAUGACCUACACCUCUUCCUACAGUACGAUAGGGCAGACGGACUCUCCCUGUUCGAUCUCACCUCUGGUGCCUCUCCUGCCCCGCCUGCUGAUGCUGACAGCAUUGUUUGCUCCCGGGACCACUUCCUCUUAGUUUGCCUCACCACACUCACGGUUGACCUCCUCGAGGAGCGCCUCCUGGCAGCAGAGAAGAGCAUAGUCGCUGUAGGAGCCUCUAAUGGUGACCCUCGUACCCCCGUAUUUGAGGGGUGUUCCCCCUCCCCCCUCUUGCCCUCUGUUGCUUCUGCUGCUGUAGCCGACCUCGUUGGCUUCGAGUCAGACGGAGCUGCGUCUGCCCCUAGCGGGAGAUGUCACACCGGCAAGGGCAAGGGGGGCAAGGGCGCUGGAGGGGCUGGCGGGGGCGAUGGAGGUGGCGGUGGAGGCAGUGGAGGGGGUGGGGGUGGUGGUGGGAGUGGUGGCGGGGGUGGAGGUGUCGGUGGCAGCAGUGGAGGCGGAGGAGGCGGCGGCGGUGGCGGUGGGAGCGGAGGCGGCGGUGGCAGCGGUGGAGUUGUUCGCGGCUCUGCGCAGAGGAGUGACUCCGUUGGUGGUCCGCGCCAGCUGCAGAGUGCACUCGUGAGACCCCGUCCCCCCAGCAGCUUCAUGAGUGGUACGCUGCGCGUCAGCGAGGUGGGGGUACUGCUCCCUGUACCUACGUCCUCCGUACCGGCGACCGCGCUGGUGAGCAGUGCAGGGGCUCGCACUCCACCCAGCGCUGCUUCGGCCGCCUGA